AUGGCGACAAACGAUGAUAUUCCAGAUCCACUGGGAUCUGAUGCACCUCCAACGCAUCAGCAGCCGCUGCCACCCAUCUCAAAACCUCUUGACUACCUCCCACCGCCAAGGCCCAAGUACGAUGCUCAAUCUGCCGCCACCCCCGACCCUGCAGAUGUCGACGAUGAGGUACCACAAUCGCAACCCAUGACUGCUACUCAUUCCAAUUCAUCCCAGAAUGGAGACGGCGAUGCAUCUGCUCCGUACGGGACAAGGUCACGUAAUCGUGGGCCACGUAUAAAUUAUGCAGAUGACAAGGAACUCGACUUGGAGAUAGAGCUACCGGGCCUACCUGAAUUCCACGACACCUACGAAUGGCUUCUCGGUCAUCAACGCUGCUCCAAUUUCGAAUGGCGAUCAUGCUCCAGCGCCAAAGGAUCCUGCGUCCCGGCCACCCAGGCCAAGGUACCUGCACCUACACCGGCACCGGCACCGUCCAAAAAGCGCAAGCAACCUCCCGCCAGCUCGGCCGCCGCAAGUGGCACAACGACUCCCUUUGCGCUGGGCCCUCAAAUGCAUGCACAGCCUGCGCAUUAUGUUGUAUCUAAUGUGAUGAGCUUUUCGAAGUCUGAAGCUCGUCUCAAUGCAAAAGACCAACUGAUCGCUGACGAUGGGACCACGCUGGCUGCGAAUGAACACGCCUACUUCAUCUGUGAGCCGCCCGGUGACCCCUACUACCUCGCCCGAAUCAUGGAAUUUCUCCACGCGAACAACGACCCUGCUGCGCCCGUCGAUGCGAUUCGAGUCAACUGGUAUUACAGACCCAAGGACAUCGGCCGAAGAGUCCAAGAUACAAGAUGCGUCAUCGCCUCCAUGCACUCAGACACGUGUCCCAUAGCGUCGCUUCGCGGCAAGUGCAAUAUUCAGCACCUCAACGAUAUCGACAACCUCGAGACCUAUCGCAAGCAAAAAGAUAGCUUCUGGUUCGAUAAGCUAUACGAUCGGUACAUGCAUCGCUACUAUGAAGUGAUACCCACAAGCAAAGUGGUCAACGUGCCACAACGCGUCAAGGAUGUGCUGGACGAGCGGUGGAAAUUUGUGCUCAUAGAGGUCGGGCGCAGCCGAGAUCUUACCAGCGCAAGCAAGAGAUGUAUACGAUGUGAACAAUUCGCCGCAAACAACGACUCGGUUGAUUGCGCUGUGUGCAAAAAUACAUACCAUAUGCGCUGCGUACGCCCUGCGCUAGCCAGGAAGCCUGCAAGAGGCUUUGCUUGGGCUUGCGCAGCAUGCAGUCGGAAGCAAGACCUUAUGCUCGAAGCCCGCAACACACCUACCCUGUCUGAGUCGGCGCAGACUCCAGACGAGGAGAUGGUCGACGAAGAGGACUCAGAUAAUCUGGCCCCUCCCAACGAGACUCGAGAAAGUAGCGCCAUGCCGGAAGAGCAUCCGCCGCCGACAGCCGCGCAACUCGCGCAGGCCAAUCUCUGGCCGUGGCGGUAUCUUGGUGUACAUUCACGGGUCGAAGAUGCCCUGGACUACGAUGAUCGGAUAUAUCCUAGAGCGAGUUCACGUUUAGGUCCACGACAUCAAGCCAACGUCAAUAUAUGGCACGGACGGCCCGUCGAGCUCGUCAAGCCCGCUGAUAUCAAAAAGAAGUACCAGAAGUCUGCUGGGUCGAAGAAAGACGGCAAGAUGUCGAAGGAGACGCUUGCUCAACUCGAAGCCGAACGGGACCAACGGCAGAAACGCCCUAAAUGGGUUCUUGAUGAGCCGGUAGGAUACAUAGCUCGUGGUCACGACGAAGCGGUCGAGGUACGGGGCAAGAAAGAGCACACCGCUCAGGUCAUAUUCAAAAUGCCGGAAUCAGGCUCCUCAAGCGGUCGGGGACUCGAGGACGCGCAGAAGCCAACGGUCACGGAAGCCGAGAUCGACGAGUACAUCGCGCAAGUGAAGAAGCUUGCCGGACAGUACGAUGUCCAGACUACGUCGGUCGAUCUGUUGACGAAAGCUAUCGAGAAGCUGCAAGCCAACGACUACGACGCCGAGAAAGCACUCGCGGCAAUGAGGGGUUUGUCGAAGAGGACUGACUUGAAGAUGCCUGAUCUCAAUCGAGAAGAGGUCAAACGCUUCGAAGAGGGCGUCGGAAAGUAUGGCAGCGAACUUCAUCUUGUUGCUCGCCACGUCGGCACGGUCAAAGAGGCCCGUAUUGUUCGCUUUUACUACAUGUGGAAGAAGACAGAUCGUGGUCGGCAAAUUUGGGGCAGCUUCGAAGGACGUAAAUCUAAGAAGGACUCUAAGAAAGCCGACAAGGGAGCAGAUGGCAAAGUGGAGGACGUUGCGGACGACGGUGACGAUUCAGCCUACGACAAUGCAAAAGCGGCUGCAAAAAAGCGUGGUUUCGAGUGCAAAUUUUGCGCAACACGGCACUCGCGCCAGUGGCGACGAGCACCAAACACUUCUCCAGGCACACUCGUACCAGCAGAUUCGGCCUCGAAAAAUUCCAAAGACAAGAGCAACUGGCUGCUGCUUGCGCUCUGCGGCAAAUGCGCUUACCUUUGGCGACGAUAUGCAAUUCAGUACGAGAACAUUGAGGAGAUCUCCAAGAAGAUCGCAGCCGCUGGCGGUCGCGCAGCCAAACGCAAGAUCGAUGAAGAACUUCUGCAAAUUCACUAUGAAGCCCAUUCUGCGGCUGGGGAUCCAAUUUCGAUGCAAACAGCCAAUGAAGUUCACAAAGCAGGUGUGGAAAUUCCGCAGAGCAUCAUUCAGUAUGAUGAGCCUCCGAAGAAGAAGACGAAAGGCGACAAAGACGCAGCCAUCCCCUCAGGCGUCGCUCCAGACAUUGUGGUAGAGAAGAAAAAACCUGCUGAGAAAGUGCCUGAGGCGCCACUCGAGCCAGAAGCGCCGAGGGUCAAGGUACAUCCAUGUGCCGUUUGUCACGUUAUCGAAUGUCCUGGACAGGAGCUCCUCAAGUGCAGGGAUUGUCGCCUUCAUGUUCAUGGAGUUUGUUAUGGUGUAUCGCCUACCGCUAACGUCAAGCCGUGGUUUUGCGACAUGUGUCGGAAUGACCAAAUCCUGCAGGUCUCGACCAUCUACGAGUGCCUGCUGUGUCCUGUCACGUACACUCACCAAGAGCUCAUGGAGCCUCUUCGAAUUAGUCAUAAGAAGAAGAGCGACAGAGAGCGCGAGAAGGAGCGCGUGGAAAGAGAGAUGGUCGCUGAGGCGAGUCGACGGUGGCGCCAGCAACAGGAAGCUGCUGGGCGGCCUGUAAACCCAAGAGAAGCGCUCAAGCGUACAGCCUGGAACAACUGGACGCACAUCGUUUGUGCCCUUUGGACGCCCGAAAUCAAAUUUGGGGAUGCCGAGCUGCUUGACGCCGCUGAAGGUGUUGGUUACAUCCCACCUGAGAGGUAUGAAGGAGUGUGCAAGAUUUGCAAGACUUCUGGCAAGAAGCCUGUGCAUACUUGCCAUCAGCCAGGCUGCAACGCAACAUUUCAUAUCGGAUGUGCCCAUCAAGCCAACUACAUAUUCGGCUUCGACAUCACUCCAGUGAAAGGCAGUCGACGCGAUUCUGUACAGACGGUCAAGUUCGGCAAUGAAGGGGGGCUUGCAGUGCCUGCCAUCUGGUGUGCCUCGCAUGGUGCAACCACUUUUGUACACAGCAUGGUCGAGCAGACGGAAGAUGGACAGAUAGCGCUACAAGUGUUUGCACGCAAGUACAAGCAGGCGGAUACCUCCAUCACCGGUACUGUUCGACGAGCACAGCAGUUCAAUCUCAGCGCUCCGCUUGCAGCGCAGCCCACACAGCAACCAGCGCGGCAACCUACCAUCACGAAUGGUGCAAGCUCUUCAGGCCCUGAGCGCACCACUCGACGCAGACGAGGAUCUCGCUCGCCUUCUCCCAAUGCCGAUCCUGACGAGAUGGAAGUCGAUGGCCCGGAUGCUGGUCACGAGAGCACUGACACUGACCCCAGCAAACGAAAAUGUUGCAGCUGCCUCGUCGAAGUCAGUCCGAAGUGGUGGCCUGUGCAGCAACCAGUAGCUGGUCGCUCAGUAACACCUCCGCCAGCUCGGGAGAAUCAUCCUGAGCAACCUCAUGUCAACGGGAUUGUGGCCUCUCCACAAGUUGAAUCGAGCAGCAGUCAUGCUCCAGGAGAGGUGAUCACCAAUGGCAUCGUUAAGCACGAGCCUAAAGAGCCCGAAAAUCCCAAUGCUACGCCUCAAGCUCCCGGUGAGAUGUGGCAAUGUCACAAAUGUCAUGUGGGCAAGGUGGCGCCACCUUCGUCGCCAUCUCAGGUUCGACCACGUCCACGCACAGCCGCAGAACCUGAAUCGGAUCCCAUCGCCGAAGCCCCGGCUUUCACUUCUUCCUCGGCGUACCCAUUCGCACCACCAAGACCUCCACCUCUCGAAGGGCCUCUCACGCCACACGCUCAUCCAGCCGUGGCUCCUCCGGUGCCUGCUCACCAUUCGCCAUGGGGUCACACGAAUGCGCCCUGGCCGCCACCAGCACCUUUCAUGCGGGACCCAGGCGAAGUUGCGAAUCGGUAUGGUCCAAGACCGCCACCCCCAGCAGGCUAUCCACACCAACCUAGCUGGGAUUCUCCUCUGGAACGGAGCUCUUCUCAGAUCCACUAUGGUCCGCCUCCCACGGCAGCAGCUGGGCAUCAUUCGCCUCCAACAGCUGGCUACGGUGUUCCGCCGCCGCCUCCAGGACCGCCGCUACCGCUCGGCCCUGCUCCAACUCGUGCACCGUCCCCGCCACGAUACGAUGCUGGCUUUGCUGGGCUCGGCAUUGGUGGCCCACCAAUGCGUCCAGGUCAUUCACAGAUCCGCGAGGACCACCGAUCAAUGGCUACGGUCCACCACCCCCACCGGGCCCAUCACCAGCUCCGAGUUGGGCAGUCUCUAGGCCAGUCUCUCAGCAGGCAGCGCGUCCACCAUCGGUCCACCCACAAGCGCAAUCGCUGA